AUGGACGAAGUAGAACGCUGGUCUGGCGCUUUUACUCAACAUAUCACACACCAUACCCAAGGACAAAUGCGCAAUAGAUGGCACAACCAUGGUCACAAUAAUCACAACACAGGCGGCUACGAUUACAAUCAUGAUUACCGACAUCACAACUACAAUCACGAUUUCUAUCAUGAUCGCAGCGGGAGUAAUGAUCAUGAUUAUGAUCAUGCACAUGGUGGUGGUAGACAUGCGUAUAUAAAUCAAGACAACUGGCCUGAUCACAAUCAUAAUCGCCAUAAGCAAAGUGCUGAGCACUGGCACGAUCACAAACGUAGCCAUCAUAAUCACGAAGAUAUUCACGAACAUAGCUAUCACAAUCAUGAUAGUAGUCACGAUUACGACUAUCGCAAUCACGGAAGUAGUCAGGACCAUGACUAUUACAACCAUGGACAUCAUUCCAGAGAAAAACGGCAAAUAACGCGAUCCAAUCACAAACACGGCAACCGUGAAUGGCAAGGAUGGGGCAGAAAAGUGGACAUAAACAAUAUUUAUGAAGGAUUUUUCCAUGGAUUAAUCCCCACGAUACAUUUCCCACACGUUUGUGAUAAUAUUUGA